GGGAGAGGGUCAUCUGAAUGACGCAGGCAGUGGGAACUGCAUUUGCAAAGCUCUCCCCUGGUUUCUCAUGCAGGGGAGCAGCUAGAGAAGAGGCUUCCAUUGGUUUGAUGAAGCUUCUGAACUUUAUCUUGGGAUCAGUGUGGAGCUAAGAAAAGAUUUUCAGCAGGGGAGCCGCACAAGCUAAUGUAUGUUUUAUAAAGUUCACCAUGGCCUCUGCGGGAACAGACUGGAGGGGGCCAGAGUGGCUCUUGGGAGGUGAGUGAGGACUCUGCCCAGAGUCAGCUGAGAACUGAUGGUGGCCCCGGCCAGGGGACAGCUGAGGGGAUUGAAAGAGUGGAUCUGAGACAAAUUUGGUAGCUAGGUUUGCUAAAAGACCAGAAAGUGGAGGAGGGAGCAGUAGGUAAGGAAAGAAUGAAGGGGUGCCCAAGAGGCAUUUUGGGAGUGGUGCUCUAUUCUGUCUGUGUGUGGUACUGGGGAUUGAACCCAGGGAUGCUCUACCACUGAGCUGUAUUCCCAGCCCUUCUGUAUUUUUUUUAUUUUGAAAUAGGGUCUUGCUAAGUUAUUUAGGCUGAACUGAAACUUUCUAUCUUCCCUCAGCCUCCACAGUCUCUGAGAUUAUUGGUGUGUGUCCCCACACCCAGUUGAAUCCCACUAUUAUUUAAAAUUAUAAUGCACCAAUUAAAAAAUAAUAGAAUGAUCCCCCAUAUCCUAUACCCAGUCUCCCCCAAUGGUAACAUCUUGUAACACUAGAGAAUAUCACUGUCAAUCAACACAAAACAGUUCUGUCACUACCAGGUGUUGUCCUUUUCUAGCCACAUCACAAAUCCUUCUUCCAUUCACAUCAUCCUUGACCCCUGGCAACUGCUAAUCUGCUCUGUUUCUAAAGUUUUGUCAUUUAAAGAAUAUUAUAGGGCUGGGGGGUAGCUCACUGGCAGAGCACUUGCCUAGCAUGUGCAAGGCCCUGGGUUCAGUCCCCAGCACCCACACACUCACAAAAGAACAUCCUAUUAAUGGAAUUGUAGAAUAUAUAACCUUUGAGACUUGCUUUUUUUCCCACACAUCUCAGUUGAAGGUUGAUUCAAGUUGUUGUGGCUAUCAAUAGGUUGUUCCUUUUCUUUUUUGGGGAGGGGUAACUGAGGGUUGAAUUCAGGGCACUUGACCACUGAGCCACACCCUCAGCCCUAUUUUGUAUUUUAUUUAGAGACAGGAUCUCACUGAGUUGCCUAACACCUCACUUUUGCUGAGGCUGGCUUUGAACUUGCAAUCCUCCUGCCUCAGCCUCCCAAGCCACUUGGAUAAUAGAUGUGUGCCCUUUUGCGUGGCUAGUUUUUUCAUAUUGCUGAAUAUUUCAUGGUAUGGAUGAUCCAGUUUAACCAUUUGUCCACUGGAGGGUCUUCUGAAAUGUUUCCAGAUUUUUAAAAUCAUGAGUAAAAGUUCUGUGGGCAUUCAUGUACAGAUUUGUACCCAGAUUCUAAAACACAGUUUUGCAUCCCGCUCAGGGACAGGAUAGGAAAGAGUCCAGACAGAAGGAACCUCUGGAAAUAGCAAUGUUUAGGGAGCAGACAGGAGAGGAAAGGAGGUGUGUGCUAGAUGGCUUUUUAUAACUAUGAUGAAAUGCCUGAGAUAAACAGCUUAAAGGGUGAAAGAUUAAUUUAGCUCAUGAUUCCAGAGGUUUCAGUCCCUAGUCAGCUGGCCCCAUUGCUGUGGGCCUGUGAUAAGGCAGAACAUUGCCUCACUACAUCUUGGCAGGGAGGGCCAGGGACAAGAAUGUAUUCUUUGCAGAGCAUGUCCCCAAGGACGCACUUCCUCCCACCAGGCCCCACCUCCUAGUUUCCACCCCUUUCCAGUAGUCCAUUCAAGCAUGAACCCAUCAGAGGUUAGUCUGUUAAUGAGAUCAGACCUUCAUGAUCCAAUCACUUCCCAAAGCCCCACUUCUGACUAUUGCUGCAUUGGGGACCAUGCCUUCAACACAUGAGGCUUUGGGGGAUAUUCCUUAUCCAAACUACAGCAAGUCCCCAGAAAGGAGGAGGAGACCUUGGAAGGGUGGUACCUGGAGCCAAGAAGGAAGUGUUCCAUGGCGUGUCUGGAUGCUGCCAGGUGGUCUUUGGUGUAGGUGGAAGCUUAAGUCCCUCUGGAGCAGGAGGAUUGGAAGGAAUGGACAAUCAGACUGUUCUGGCCGUCCAGUCACUGUUGGAUGGCCAAGGAGCAGUCCCUGAUCCAACAGGCCAGAAUGUCAGUGCGCCCCCUGCCAUCCAGCCAUUGGAUGAUGAGGAUGUCUUUCUCUGCGGAAAGUGCAAGAAGCAGUUCAAUUCGCUGCCAGCCUUUAUGACCCACAAGCGAGAACAGUGCCAGGGGAACGCACCUGCCCUGGCCACUGUCUCGCUGGCCACAAACAGCAUCUACACGCCUCCAGCAGCACCUGCCACAGUCCAGCAGGCCCCGCCUCCUGCCAAUCGCCAGAUCUCCACGUACAUCACAGUGCCCCCGUCCCCACUGAUCCAGACCCUGGUGCAGGGCAACAUCUUGGUGAGCGAUGACGUGCUCAUGUCCGCCAUGUCAGCCUUCACGUCCCUGGACCAGCCCAUGCCCCAGGGGCCCCCGCCUGUGCAGAGCAGCCUGAACAUGCAUUCUGUGCCCAGCUACCUCACUCAGCCUCCGCCACCUCCUCCACCCCCACCACCUCUGCCGCCACCUCCACCCUCACAACCCCCGCCACCCCCACCCCAGAGCCUGGGCCCCCCCGGGCGUCCCAACCCUGGUGGCAGUGGCGUGGUGGAGGUGUACAGUGCUGCUGCGCCCAUGGCUGGGAGUGGGACGGUGGAGAUCCAGGCCCUGGGAAUGCAGCCCUACCCGCCACUGGAGGUGCCAAAUCAGUGUGUGGAAGCUCCAGUGUACCCCACACCUCCGGUGUACAGCCCUGGCAAACAGGGAUUCAAACCGAAAGGACCAAACCCUGCUGUCCCUAUGACCAGCGCCACUGGGGGCACAGUGGCCACCUUUGACUCCCCACCAACACUGAAGACCAGACGGGCUAAAGGUGCCAGUGGACUCCCGGAAGCUGCAGGGAAGCCCAAGGCUCAGCAGCUCAAGUGCUCCUACUGCGACAAGUCCUUCACCAAAAACUUCGACCUGCAGCAGCACAUCCGAAGCCACACCGGUGAGAAGCCCUUCCAGUGCAUUGCGUGUGGCCGUGCCUUCGCUCAGAAGUCCAACGUCAAGAAACACAUGCAGACCCAUAAGGUGUGGCCUCCAGGGCGCAGUGGUGGCACUGUUUCUCGCAACUCAGUGACUGUCCAAGUCAUGGCCUUAGACCCCAGCAGGCAAGAGGAAGAGGAGAAUACAGGGCUGGGCCAGAGCCUGUCGAGUGCGCCCCCGCAGCCCCAGGCCUUGCCCGCUGUUGGUGAGGCAGAGGGGGACAAGCUGGGGCCCGGGCAGGUGGUCCUCAUCGACAGCUCCUACCUGUGCCAGUUCUGCCCCAGCACGUUCAGCACCUAUUUCCAGCUCAAGUCCCACAUGACGCAGCACAAGAACCAGCAGGUGUACAAGUGUGUGGUCAAAAGCUGCGCCCAGACGUUCCCCAAGCUUGACGCAUUUCUGGAACACAUCAAGAGCCACCAGGAGGAGCUCAGCUACCGCUGCCACCUCUGUGGCAAGGACUUCCCCUCGCUGUACGACCUGGGCGUGCACCAGUACUCCCAUAGCCUCCUGCCGCAGCACAGCCCCAAGAAGGACAGUGCCGUCUACAAGUGUGUCAAAUGUGUCAACAAGUACUCCACUCCCGAGGCCCUGGAGCACCACCUGCAGACCGCCACUCACAACUUCCCCUGCCCGCACUGCCAGAAGGUGUUCCCUUGUGAACGCUAUCUGCGGCGUCACCUGCCCACGCAUGGCAGCGGAGGCAGGUUCAAGUGCCAGGUGUGCAAGAAGUUCUUCCGGAGGGAGCACUACCUCAAGCUGCACGCUCACAUCCACUCAGGUGAGAAGCCCUACAAAUGCCCCGUGUGCGAGUCCGCCUUCAACCGCAAGGACAAGCUGAAGAGGCACAUGCUGAUCCACGAGCCCUUCAAGAAAUACAAAUGCCCCUUCUCGACGCACACGGGCUGCAGUAAAGAGUUCAACCGGCCAGACAAGCUGAAGGCUCACAUCCUGUCCCACUCAGGCAUGAAGCUGCACAAAUGCGGCCUGUGCAGCAAGUCCUUCAGCCGUCGUGCCCACCUCGCCGAGCACCAGCGUGCUCACACAGGCAACUACAAGUUCCGCUGCACCGGCUGUGCCAAGGGCUUUUCCCGCCACAAGUACCUCAAGGAUCACCGCUGCCGCCUUGGCCCCCCAAAGGACAAGGACCUGCAAACCCGGCGGCCACCCCGGAGGAGGGCAGCUCCCCGCAGCAGCAGCGGCAGCAGCAGCGGUGGCGGGCACAAGGUGGUGGCCCCCUUGCAGGACCCACUGGGACUAGAGGAACUGAAGGAUGCAGGGGCCGGGCCAGUGCCCGAGGCUGCCCCCGGCAAGCCACCCUUCUCGGAGCAGGAUGCUGUGCUGUCCAUCGUAGUGGGUGGCGCUGUGGGCGGGGACCCUGAGCUGGUAGUGCCAGGCCAUGCUGAGGGGCUGGGCUCCAACUUGGCACUGGCAGAGCUGCAGGCGGGGGCCGAGGGCUCGUGUGCCAUGCUCGCGGUACCUGUCUACAUCCAGGCCUCGGAGUGAGGUGGAGCUCCUGCUCCCACAGGCCAACCUGAUGCCUGUGGGCCCCGCGGCCCAGGCGGACCAGAGAUCCUUCCAGGGGAAGUGAGCCGUGGCAGAAGCCCUUUUGGAAUGUAAGCUCGGGCCCCUGGCUGCCCUUCUAUGCCCCCAGUCUGCUGGAGGGCCCUGCAGCAUCCUGGGAUUCAUCCCCAGGACAGAGCAAAUGGCAAGAGAGAAGGCCGGAGCCCGAGAAGCCCGGGCCUGGCUAAGCUAGGCUGGUGGUGAGACCACCUCCAAGGCAGACAGGGUGGCCCCAGCCACCCUUCUCCAGCCGCCUGGGAUGGCCUCUAAUCAAGCUUCUCUUCAGGAGACUGGACAUGGUCAGAGUCCUUACCUAGUGGACCUUUUCCCUUAGGGUUCCUCACAGUGUCCCCAGAAAACUGUGAGGUAGGCAUUUAGGAGGCACUUCAGUAUGGCAGGUAGAUGGCAGCUGUGAGCCAGAUCUGGCUUCAAAUCCAAGAGCUGCCAAGCACUUACUUUGUGACCUCAGUAAAGUCACUUCACUUCUCUGAGCUCCCCUGUUCCUCAUCCAUACAGUGGGCUUGUGAUGGUCCUACCUCCUGGGGUUGGUUUGGGGGUUCAGUAUGGUGAAAUGUGCAGAUCGUCUGGUAUGGUGCCCUCACUGGGAAAGUACUCAAUAAAUGUUUCUAUCAUA